AAAUGGCAGCGCGACCUCCAUCUCCAGUGAUAUCUCCUUUUCGUCCCCGUUUGAUCCUCUCCGUCUCCGAUUUUUUCGAUUCAUGUUAGUUUUUGUUUAAUAUCAUGUUUUAGUAACCUAAUUUGUUUGAUUUUACAGAGAUUAACACAAAUUCUAAAAGGGAAAACGAAACCCUAGUUGUAAGCAGAAUAGGGUUCGAGAAGAAGAAAGUCGCACUGUAGAGAGAACUAAGGGAUUGGGUAGCGCGCCAUCUCCCGUCAGUGGGGCUUGGCACUUGUGUUUAUCUAUGGAGUGCUUCAAACAGCAAAGUGACUAAGCUUUGUGACUUGGGGCCUUAUGAUGGUGUUUUUUUUGUCCAGUGGACCAAGGAGGGUUCUUUCAUAUCUAUUGGUAUAAACCUUGGUCAAGUUCAGAAAUCGCCGAAAGGGGUGUCUGGAAUCGAGAAAGAUUAGUGCGUGAUUGAUAUGAAGUGCAGUAGUCACAAAGGGUUUUCUGAGAAUUCACAAGGUGAGAGGAUUUGUAGGAUUUGUCAUCUGGCUUUUGGACCUGCGUCAGAUGCAGCAAUUGUCGUAAGUGCGAGCGCUACGAGUGGAGAUUUUAUUCAACUUGGUUGCGUGUGUAAAGACGAGCUCGACAUUGCUCAUGUUUAUUGUGCUGAAGUGUGGUUCAAGCUAAAGGGAAGCAGAUUAUGUGAAAUAUGUGGCGAGACUGAAAAAAAUGUCUCGGGUGUUACUACUAACGGAGUUAUGGAAGAGUGGAAUGAUAGAAGAUUCUCCGGAGAUAUUGCUGCUCAAAUUAAGCACAAUAACAAAUCUCUUCAUUUCAAAGUUGAUACUGAAUCAAAUGUGUUGACGAUAUUUACUCUCACAGAUUUCGUGACUUCUGCUAAAGUCGUUGCUUUUAUUCGAUUACCUGAUUACAAAUCCGGCAAGAUUGAAGUUCAAUAUCUUCAUGAUCAUGCUGGUUUUACUACUGCUGUUGAUUUGAGUCGCAACCCUGCUAUUGAUUUUUCUGUGACAAUUGGUACUCCUGAUCUUCAGGACGACUGUGAAGAUAGGGAUUUAUUGAAUGGACUUAGUGAAGAUAUCUUAGAACUUUCAUCGUCUGGUUGAAGAGCUCGCUAUAACUUUAACUGAGUCCAACAUUCAAGCAGCAAGCAUGAAGGUUAGUCCACUAAUCAACCAUUUCUAAACAUUCUUUUCUAGGGUUUUUGGAUACUUGUUUCAAAGAACCUGCGAGAAUUGAGACACUAGUAAUUUUGUAACCAGGGCAGAAUAACAUUCCCAUUGAAGUCAUAAUAUAUUAAUGUCAUAUAAUAAUAAUUUUAGCUAUAUUUUUCAUUUACAUGGUUUUGAUCCCAAGCUUCAAGCUUUCCCAUGUGGCUCUGUAUUAAUGUUAAGCUUUGGUUCAUA